CUCUUUCCGACGUCCGGCGCACAUGACAGACAUGACAGCGUUUUGUUUAUUUCCAACGUUAAUUCAAAAAGUUCAUUGUACAAAAAGUUAUUUAAAAGUAAUAUUAUUUGAUUAGAGACAUGAAGGAACGUUUAGUGUCGAAUAAUGAAAAGAGCUUCGUUCAAAGAGCGGUAUUAGAAUCCACGCGAGUAGAUGGCCGAACUCUGGAUGAAUUUCGCAAACUACGCGUGAACUUCGGAACCGAAUUUGGGAGCGUUCACGUAUCCCUUGGCGAAACACGGGUCUUAGCACAGGUCUCAUGUGAGGUAGUCCCUCCAAGAGCAACCCGCCCAAAUGAAGGGACACUGUUUAUCAACGUUGAGCUGGGCCCCAUGGCAGCUCCCCACUUUGAGUUUGGCCGCCAGUCGGAUGCUAGUGUUCAGCUGAAUCGAAUUCUGGAGCGGGCCAUCAAAGAUUCUGGUUGCGUUGAUCUGGAAUCACUUUGCCUAGUGGCUGAUGAGAAGGUUUGGAAUCUUCGCGUAGACAUCAAUGUACUGAAUCAUGAAGGUAAUGUAAUUGACUGCGCUUCGAUUGCGGCUCUGACUGCUUUGGCGCAUUUUAAACGGCCUGAUGUUAGUCUCAACGGAGAGGAGGUUAUUAUACAUAACAUCCACGAGCGAGACCCAAUUCCCAUCGGAAUCAAUCAUUUUCCCAUAUGCGUAAGCUAUGGGAUUUUCAACAAGGGUAAGUUGGCCGUUGCUGACCCGACAUAUUUAGAGGAACGGGUGGCUGAAGCCAAGAUCGUUUUUGGUAUGAAUUCAUAUGGGGAACUUUGUGGCUUACACUUGGGAGGAAUUACUUUGACGAGUUCGGAUUUAUUACUCCGAACAGCAACUAAAGCUGCCAAAAGAGCCCGAACUAUUGUUCAAAAAAUCAAGGAUGUAAUUCAGAGCGAUACCGAAAAACGGAAGAAAAAUAUUCCCAUUGGUUUUAGUGAGUGUAUUCGGUUAAAUGAUAUUACGGCGUUGGCACAAGAUCGAUUGCAUAUUCGCUUGAAGCGUUUCAAGCUGGAUAAGAACAGUCCAGACGAGGACCCGGAAACAGAGGAUGAAGAGAAUGCAGAUCACCAGUCUGAAGUAGAAAGCGAUAACCAGGAACAAGAAACUGUUAAAACAGAACUCAAAUCUGAUGAAGACGAAGCAAUGGACACUGAAGAAAUUGUACCAAUCGCAGACAAUUCAGUUGUGUUAUUACCAAAAGCUGCUACUGCUAAAGAACAAUGGAUUCCGGAAGAUGCCGAAGGAAAAACAACGGGCAAUGAGAAAAAAUCUGCCAAAAAGAAGAAAAAUAAGAAGAAAAAGACCAAGGAAGCCAAAGCGAGAAUGAAUGAUGUGGACAUUUCUAGUAGCAGCGAAGAAGAGACGAUCAUGGUUACUUCAGAUGAUAUUGCAGGGUAAUUUUACUGGCGACCGCUAAUAAAAUGUCUUGACAUCA